UCAGCGUCCAACAAAGGCAGCAACACCGGAGGAGGCAACAUGAACGCCCACCCCACGACGGAAGAGUUCAAGGCCACGCUGGCCGAGCGCGAUGAGAAGGUGCGGGAAUCGUGGGUGAGGACGAUGGAGGCGCGGAUCGUCCGGGAGGAGCUGCAGAAGUGCCAGAAGGCAGAGGGCAUCAACCACUACCAGGUCUGCCAUGAUCUGGCACAGAGGUACAUGGGGCUCCUCAAAGACGCAAAGGUCAAUGGAUACCGAGUUAUCGAUACGGCUUGAUGCUUCUUCCAGCAGCCCUUAUAGGAGUAGUCAAUCUAUUUGACGAAGCAUUCAAAAGCACUUUACAGAUCGAGUUUGCCACGAAGGGUAUCCUCGAGGUGUUGGAUCACCUCAUCGACCCGAGGAGCUACGUCUCCUCUCAAUCCCACCCAACUACCGAUACCUCUCCAGAGCAGAGAGAGUAGCAAAGUGUUGACGAAGCCCAGCGCAGCUCCAACCAUGCACUGUUCUGGCGUGUGAAGGCCCAGCUUGACACGCGACCACAUGAUUAGAGGGGGCGAAGCGAGAAGGAGGGGAACGAGGAGCGAUCUGUAGGCGAGCAGAUCCGAGGUCGGGCUCAAGGGCGCCACGAGAAGUCCAACGAGGUAUAAAGACAUAAACGUGAUGGUUGAGCUGUGCGUCGAAGGCAUCCCGUGGGUCUUUGUGACGACUGAUCCUGGUGGUCGGGGUUCCUUGAUGACGAGCUUAAGGCCU